GUUAUGAACGGCGGUCAGCAACGAGGCGGACGACUAACACACAACACAUCAAACUGCAGUGCGAUUGCUGAACGGUACGAUGACGGUCGAUUUGCGAACAAUUUGUCGUCUGAUCGCGGCGGCCGCCGUGUUCUGCACGCUAACCUUAGCGGCGCCGGUGUCCCGCAAGACUGUCACGUACGACCAACGGCAGAAUGGUGAGUUCAAUCUGCAAGUGGACCUAGAAGACGUGGCUUUACUGUUUUUGCCAAGCGACGAGUUCCUGUCACGGAGGUCUGGCCUGCUGGGCGAUAAGACGCUCCAAAUGUACGAACGCCGGCACAACGGAAAUUCGAGAAAAAAGCAAAAGAACUGUGCGACCACCACCGAGAAAAACAUACCCGAAAAGGUAACCACCGAGAAGAACAAACCAGAAAAGGUAACCACCGAGAAGAAUACACCAGAGAAUAACAAUUACGGCACCGGCGGAAGCGGACCGAACACACCAAACGGCGCUAAUACAGACAUUGAAAACAAUAUACCUGAAACGCAAGCCGGACCGGAAGAACAGUCUGACCCGUCGGCAAUGGAUAAGUUGUCGGCUCAGCUAUCGAACGCUGUCGAGUCUACCGCCGAUAUGAAAUUCGGUAACGAAGAAAAUUUAAUCACUAAACCCAAUGGCGUCGCAUCCUACCCGAGUGAAAUUCUAUCGCAAUCAACAAUCGGUAAUACCGAAGUAAAACCCGCAGAAGACAAUACUAUGGUAGCCGUAAAGACUUUGAGCAGACCCACGCCAGUAUCCGAAAUAGUCGACAGUAUCACUGUCGCUGCUGAAAACGACGGAAAACCUGAAGCAUUGGUAGCCGUCAACACGGUAACCAAGUCUCCCUCGGAAAUGGUGAUCGUCAAGACCGUGGAGAAACCGGUCGAAGUCUCGGUCGCCGAAUCUAUCGUUAAGUCUCAAAACACAGACGCAGUCGUGACUGCAGACGUUCAGUCGGUCAUCGCGGACAAACCCGCCGAAAUGGUCGUCGUCAAAACGUUGGAUAAACCCGUCGAGCCGACACUCGAGGGCGCACUAGCUUUGGUCGCCGACUCAACUGUGAAGUCUCCAAACUCGAUUGUGGCCGCGGCGCUCGACGUUAAGCCGGAAUCAGUCGAAAAGCACGCCUUUGCGGACAACCCCGUCGAAACGUUAGCCGUCAAGACUGUGAAACAACCAAAUGAAAAGGAGAACCCGGCGACUAUCAAGGUGAACGAUAAGGCAGUCGAGCUCCAAGGAAACGCGGUCAGCCCUAAGAUCUCUGCCGGGCCCGUUGACACUUCGAGACAACCGGACAGGCCGUCAGAAAGCGUCGGCAAGUCUGAAGAAACGGUUGUCAAGAAGACGGCGGAGAAAGACUCGGUUCCGGUUAAGUCUUCAGAAAUUCAAGUGAGCGCCAAAAAAUCAGUGAGACCCGUCGAAUCGGUCGGAGCGAAGACUGAAACGGACAACAAUUCGAAAAAAUCGACAGAAAACGUCAAACCCGAAAUGGUCGCCAUGAAGACUGUGGAAAAUCCAUCUGCGGCAGCACCGACUAAGGUUGUCGCUGAAAAACUAGUAGCGACCACUGUAAAAGCGACGGAGACUCAUUCCGUUGCGGACGACAAGCACGGUCUAGCGAAGUCCAGUAACAACGCCGCCGACAUGGUGGUCGUCAAGACGGUGGACAACCCAGCCACCCCCGCAGUGAUAACCGUCAAGACUACGGUGUCCAUGAAGGCCGUAGUAAAGCCAUCGGCGGCCAACUCAAAGACUUCAUCGGUUACGACUGGUGGCACGUCGACGUCGCGCAAGGUAGGAGAUCGUAAACCGUUACCAGCAGUAUCCUUACAAGUUGCACCUUCGACCUUGGUUACUGCGUGACCGCGAAAAAUUACUUUUAUUUUCAAUUAACUUCCCAAAAAAACGCGUCAUGUUUGUGAUUCGGCAUUUGCCAUUGUACUUAUUUUUAAGAUAUUUAUUGCCCGUUUUCUAAUGUAGAAAAUGUAUUUUAAGUGAUGAUUUAAUUGUGUUGUUAAAAAAAAAAAUUUUUAAAAUUGUAUUCAACAAA